GGAAGCGGCGCACGCGUACUGCGGGCGGGCAAGAUGGAGGCGCCGGUUGCCGGUUGCCGAUGGAGGCGCCGGCAAACUCAUCUACACCCCAGGAAGGUUUCCUGCCCCACAGUGAAGUCUGCUGCCCCAUGGAGGACCCUGUGAUCCGCAUACCCCCCUACCACUAUGUCCAUGUGCUGGACCUCAACAGCAAUGUCACCCGUGUGGAGGUUGGGCCCCACACCUACAUCAGGCAGGAUCACGAGAGGGUGGUGUUCGUGCCCAGGCGCAUGGUGAUGGUGCUCCGCUGGCACUACUGCGUGGUGCUCAAUCCCAUGGCGCGGGGCCCCACUGGGGCCGUGGUGAUCAAUGGAGCGGGACAGGCCUGUCUGUGGCAUGCUGACCUCGAUAUCCACCUGGCCCAGGAGCCCUUCCCCCUAUACCCUGGCGAGGAGAUCAAACAGGACAUCACCCCACUGCAGAUGGUGCUGGCUGACACUGCCCUGCGCCUGCGGGCCCUGCUUGACUUCACGGACGAGGACGGGAAGAAGUUCUUGGCAGGAGACGAGUGGCUCUUCGAGGGUCCCAACACCUACAUCCCCCGUAAGGAGGUAGAGGUGGCCGAGACUCUGCAGGCCACUGUCAUUGGGCACAACCAGGCCAUCCACCUGCGAGCACGCAAGGAGUGCCUCGACCGCAACGGCACCCGCCACAUCACAGGUGAGGAGUGGCUGGUGAAGCAGGUGGGUGCCUACCUGCCCGGUGUCUAUGAGGAGGUAGUGGAUGUUGUGGACGCCUACAUCCUCACCCGACAAGCCCUGCACCUGCGGGCAACGUGGACCUUUGAGGAUGAAGAAGGUCGGGUGCGGCGCACAGGGGAGGAGUGGCUGGUGACCCAGGCGGAGAGCAAGGCCUACAUCCCAGAGGUGUUUGAGGAGGUGGUGGCGGAGGUGGCGGUGACAACGCUGGGCCCCCGGCAGUACUGCAUGGUGCUCGACCCCAUGGGGCCCAAUGGGCAGCCCCAGCUGGGCCAGCAGCUUGUUGUCAAGGGGGAGAAGUCCUUCUUUCUGCAGCCGGGCGAAUGGCUCCAGGCUGGCAUCCAGGAUGUCUACGUGCUCUCUGAGGAUGAGGGGCUGCUGCUCCAAGCGCUGCAGACCAUCAAGGACACCAAUGCGGUGGCCCAGGGGACACCUGGGGUUUCAGGAUCCCCUGGGAGAAACUAGGGGGGGAGGCCCAGUGAGCCUGGGAUGAC